GCAGAGUAAGCAGAAGAGGACGUUCACAGAGCCUGAUCGUCGCUUCUUUCUGCUGGUUGUCACGGGUUUGCUCAGAAAUUCACCAUGCUGAUAUCUGCCUUUCCUCACUUCAUCAUCUUCGUAUUUGCGGCCCGUGUACACGCAUAUGACAGUACACUUAACGACGUAAGGAUCCAAUGCAACGAGACAUUUCCCAUUUCAUAUGAGUACGAUGUCCAUUUGAUGAACUUCGGCAGUUUCCCGGAUGAGUCCGACCAAACUUCCAUGUGCUUCAUUCAUUGUGUCAUGGAUAAAACAGGAAUGAUGGACACAGAGGGUACGUUUCAUAAAAAUACAGUGGUGGAGAAGCUGCAAGGGUUUCCAAACGAUACCGAAAUUCCAGACCUAGAGGAAAUUGUGGAACAUUGCGUUACAGAAACUGACCAAGAAGAAUUGUGUGAAAGAGCCUACGGCUUUGGAAAAUGCCUUAUGAUAGAGGAAAUACAGCGGCAUGGGGAAGCUCAGGAGGAAGAAUGAAGCAAGGAACAAUGACCUGGUCUACUUUUACCACUGUUAUUUCGUAGUACGACAUAGUCGCAGCACAAACGGAAACUGUCUUACGUAAAACGCUUGUGUGUUUUUUUUUAGAGAUUCUUGUUUUUCUUGUACCUUCCCGCUACUCCACAUAUAUCGUAUUAAAAUUAUAUCUGAUUGUUAUGAA